AUGUGGCGACGAUUGUUUGCAGAAGGAUUGUGCACAUGUCUUCUAUGUUUUACAAUAGUAGUGAGCCAUCUUAGACUAAUCUAUAUCCCAGGUGCCUAUUACAGCGCAUACUGUACCGCAGGAACUAUAAUGGCUCUCAUGAUUUUCUCUGGCUUUACCUCAGGAGCUCACUUUAACCCAGCUGCGACAGUUGGCUACUGCGUCUACAAGUUCAUUAACUCAUCAGUCGAAAAAGCUGAUUUCAUUGAAUACGGCAUGUACAUUGUCGUCCAAUUUGUCUGCGCUAUUCCUGGUGCCUAUAUAGGCUGGGCGAUUAACGAAGAAACCAUGUAUUUUGACCUUCCUCAUGAUUAUGAUUCAAUCUCAGCAUUUUUAGGGAUCUGGCAGUCUCUUUUUCUUAUUUUUUUUAAGAAAGCCAAAUUUAAAGGAAUUUUGUAAUUAAAAAAGCACGCACCAUUUUUAGCAGAAAUGGUUUAUACAACUUUAAUUGUCGGCUGUGCACUGAUGGUAGGUCAUACAAAUGACUCAAUUGUCAUUGUUUCCUCUGGUGUAGCUACUGCGCUGUUUGGAGGAGUUCUAGGAGUUGGACUUAUUUCUGGUGCAUGUUUUAAUCCAGCAGUCGGGCUUGCAGCAAAUCUAGUGCAUUAUUCUAAUAAACAAGAUCACUUUGGACAUACUUGGAUCUAUAUAAUCGCUCCAUUAUUAGGCGGAAUUAUUGCAGCUUUACUAUCUCCUCCAUAUUUUAUUGAAAAAUUUAAUUAUUUUAUUUUAAAUAAUAUUUUUUUAUUUUUUUUAAUAAGUAUAGAAGAGUAAGCACAGUUUUUAUUCAAGAAAUGAACGACCAAAAGAAAAAGAAAUCCAUCCUCAGAGAAGAAAGCCAAGGCCAACAAUAA